UGAUUAAUUGUGUAUUUUUUAGAAAAAUAAUGCGUUUUUAAUUUUUCGGUAUAAAUAGUGCUUUUUAUACUUCAAAUGAACUAUUUGACUUCAUAAAUAUGUAAUUUUUAAGGGUAUUCCUUAAUUAUUUUUGGUGAACUUUUUCAUAAGUGAAAAGUAAAUAAUAAAGUUGAGUGUUAAGACAAGAAGUGUUGUGUGGAAACAAUUAUGAAGAAUAAUAAGCCCGCCUCGGACACAGAGAGGAGUAUGGAGAAACAAAAUGAAACGAGUUUUGAAGAAGCUUUUGAAUUGACUGGUCACGGCCGCUUCAACCACCUGGUGCUCCUGACGAGUGGAAUGAUCAUGCUCAAUGUAUCCAUGGAGUCAGUGGGCAUGAGCUACGUCAUCCCGGCGGCAGAGUGUGAGCUGCAGCUCUCCAGCGAGCACAAGGGACUCCUUACCGCUGCUGCUUUCAUUGGUAUUAUCUGCACAUCAUUCCUCUGGGGCUACCUGGGAGAUCGCCUGGGCCGGCGGGCAGUCAUGCUACCGGCCAUGCUGGCUUCAGCAGUCGUUUCCAUCGCCAGCUCGUUCGCCACCAGCGUGUGGGUGCUCCUCAUCUUGAGGGUCUUGACUGGAUGCUUGGUAUCAGCAUCCAGCGCGACAGUAUACGCGUACCUGGGUGAGAUGCACAUCAACUCCCGCCGAGCAGCUGCCAUCGCAUGGGGCUCUGUCUUCAUCUCAUUCUCCUUCAUGAUUCUACCAGGUCUUGCCUGGAUCAUUAUCCCAGGCAGCUGGUCUUUCACCGUGGGCUCUCUGACAGUAGUUCCCUGGAGAGCCUUCAUAUGGUCGUGGUGUGUCCCUGGGAUAGUCGCUGCUGGAGUCUUGACGAUGCUGCCUGAAAGUCCACGGUAUCUUCUGGCUGCCAAGGGUCCUGACAAGGCUCUGCCGGUAUUGGCCAAGAUGUACGCUCGGAAUCACGGAGUGACUGUCCAGGAUUUUGCAGUGGAGAAGAUAACGACUGGCAGCACUAGUGGAGCCAGUACAGGGUUUGCGGGAGCCAUUAAGAACAUAUCGUUUCUGUUCCGACCUCCAUUGUUGAAAUGCGUCUUUAUUUCACACAUCUCUAUGUUUGCAGUGUUCAUGUUAUCAAGUGGUUUAUACGUAUGGGUGCCAGAUAUCCUGAACAACAUUCUACAAAACAAGAAUGAGAGAAGUAUCACUAUCUGUGAGAUUAUACACGAGAAAUUCAAGAAUACACAGAAUAGGACACUGGAAGUAGACCAGAUUUGCAAGUCGGAGGUGUCCGUGGCAGUGUUUCCGAUAUCCAUGGCGAUGGGCCUGGUGUUCGCCAUGACAUAUCUGGCCAUUGGGGUGUUCAUCAACAAGAUUGGAAGGAAAACGCUAUAUUGUGGUAUAAUGUUCAUCUGCGGGCUAGCCACUGUGGGCGCCGUCUACGUGCCGCAAGGUGGCGCCACCACUGCGCUGCUCAUCCUGGCUUUAUGCUCAGGUUGCGCCGCCUCUAUCCUCGCUGCCAUCUCUGUUGAUGUUUUCCCUACUUGCUUACGAGCAAUGGCGAUGUGUGUGAUGUACAUGGUCGGGCGGACAGGGGCUGCGGUGGGGUCCUACGUGCUGGGGGCCACGCUUGACACACACUGUCAACUAGCACUUAUAUCGCUGGGCUUAUUCACAACAGGUUCCAUCGUCUUAAUGAUUUUCUGGCCGGAACCCGAGAAGGUUCGAUACGAAAUGGAACAACGAGGCCUCACUUAUUAAGCAUUAUUAUAAUCUUAUAAUAAGAGAUGUACUUUACAAUAUCGUGUAAAAUACUAUUUUAAUUAAUAUUCUUAAAUAAAAA